AUGUCGAUUCAUCCUCCCAGUCUACUCAACAAUUCGUCUUCAAAUGACCUGGACGCUAGUUUCAACGGCGACGAAUCCUCAUCUACUGGUCCGCCAUUGAAACGCCAAAGGCGAUCUCUCACGAGCGUUAAAAACGACUCCUACAUCUCUGAGGAUAACGACAACGAGAUUUCUAGGCCCUGGGAAGCAUAUAUGCAUGUCUUUCAUCAAGAUCCCCUGGUCGACCAGGACCUCCAGAUGCGACUCGCUCGACGCGGAAUCAAGGACGCUUCCAAGGCUCUCGAGAAUGCAAACUAUAACAAUUAUGAAGGCGCUGAGGCUCCUAGAUCUCUCUUCUCUCUGGUGGACUCAUUGGCUGCCCAACCUGCACUUCAUCGACUGGCGAUCUCGUACGAAACACACGACGCCAGGGACCUUUUAACACCCAGGCAAAUCAACACAGUCACUCAAAAUCAGAGCUCCUGCACUCGCCAUGGACACGAGCAUCCAAGCUGCGAGCAACCGCGCCUCAUGGCGCCAAAAACAACCGCAACUCUCCACACCUCUGUAGACUGGAAUAACGACCACGAGCACGACGUCGAGAACAUUCCUCCUGGACAUACCGACUGUAUGCGCGUUUCUUCCACUGGAGAAGUGACUAUGGACGAUCAGAGGGCUACUGAGGGCGACUCUUCCAACAAAAUCGCGCUUCGAAGCUCGAGCCGUUUAAAGUUGAAGCGAACUCAUUCCAGAGUUGAAGGCACCUUUAACGCCAAAGACUAG